AUGGCCGCCCGAGAGGAACCGCACCGCCACCACCUGCGACAGAGACGGUCGUUUCGUGAAAGGAAGGACGUCCUUAAUGAGCUAGAUGACCGUGAGCUGGUGGAGAGGUAUUGGCAGGAUCCUGCUGGUAUCAUUUUCGUGACAAAUUUGGUGCGGGAAAGGCUGAAGAGACCAACUGCAAGGAACAAGGCCUCUCUCCCCGAGAUGCAAGUUAUCUUCACUGCGAUUUUAGUCACCCAACUGGAAAAUCAGUGGAAGAAGGAGGAGUUUCUGCAGAUUGCUGGCUUCCCUGAAGUGAUCGGUGGCAUUGAUGGAACGCACGUAAUGAUUGUGGCUCCUAGAGAGUAUAAGGUAGAGUUUGUCAACAGGAAGAGAUACUACAGCAUCAACGUGUAG